AUUUGAUUCUCUAGUAUUCAGCCCUAAGGGAAACAUCUUAAAAAGGUCCUUCAUCCCACGACCUUCCUCACUGUUUCCGCUACUGGCGCUCACUGCCUCACCACGCUAUCAUUUUCCAAAUCCCUCUCACAUCCGAUAUACAAGCCUCAUCCCAAGCCGCUGGAACAGUAUCGUAUUUCCGCCUGCCAUGGCCUCCGUGGACGAGCUUAAAGCUCUUGGCAACCAGGCUAUCGCCGACAAGAACUUCGACGAGGCUGUUGACGCCUUCACCAAGGCCAUCGCUUUAGAUCCGACAAAUCACAUCUUAUACAGCAAUCGUUCCGCCGCGUUUGCAUCCAAGAAGGACUGGGCCAGCGCCCUAAAAGAUGCUGAGAAGACCACCGAGCUCAAGCCGGAUUGGCCCAGGGGUUGGGGACGAAAGGGCGCCGCUCUACAUGGCUCGGGUGACCUAUUAGGUGCACAUGACGCCUACGAGGAAGGUCUCAAGCACGACCCAAAUAAUGCCGGCCUCAAGAACUCCCUCGCCUCCGUUCAGAGAGCCAUGGAGCAGGAUGCCGGUGCUGGCCUGGGCGCUGACCCUACCGGGGGACUCGGCAAGAUGUUUAACGACCCCAGUCUCCUCCAGAAACUGAUGAACAACCCAAAGACCAGCAGUUACUUAGCCGACCCCUCCUUCGUCGCUAAGCUCCAAGCCAUACAGAAGAAUCCUCAGAAUACCCAAGAAUUAUUCAGCGACCCCAGAAUGAUCCAGGUCCUAGGAGUACUGAUGGGUAUUGACAUGCAGAUGGGGAUGCCAGAUGACAUUCCAAGUGCUCCGGCCCCCGCCGCCUCCCGUGCCGAGGUAGAAGAGGACGUAGAUAUGCCGGAUUCGGUGCCGGACAAUUCCAAACAAGCCCAGCCCGCUCCUGAGCCCGAACCCGAGCCGGAGCUCGAAGAGGAGCUCGAGAAAAAGAAAUUAAAAGAAGAGGCUGACAAGGAGAAGGCAUUGGGUACCGAAAACUACAAGAAACGCAACUUUGACGAGGCCAUCAAACACUAUAGCAAGGCCUGGGACCUGUUCAAGGAUAUCACCUAUCUCAACAAUCUCGGGGCUGCUCACUUCGAGAAGGGUGACUAUCAGGCCUGCGUUGAAGCCUGCACCAAGGCCGUCGAAGAGGGUCGUAUGAUCUACGCGGAUUUCAAGAUGAUUGCGAAAUCGUACGCCCGCAUAGGUUCGGCCUAUGAGAAGCUAGGAAACCUCCCGUUAGCCAUCGAGAACUACCAGAAGUCAUUGACCGAGCAUCGAACACCUGAUACCGUUAACAAGCUUCGGGCGGCUGAGCGCCGGAAUAUCGAAGAGUCGAAGCAGGCAUAUAUCGAUCCAGCAAAGGCCGAAGAAGCUCGCGAAGAGGGUAACAAGAAAUUCAAGGACCAGGACUUCCCGGGCGCCGUUGCCGCUUACUCGGAAAUGAUCAAACGCGCACCAGACGACGCUCGAGGGUACAGCAACCGUGCGGCCGCCUUUGUCAAGUUAUUUGAGUUCCCUAGUGCCCUCGACGACUGCAAUACGGCCAUCAAGAAGGACCCCAAGUUCAUCAGGGCGUAUAUCCGGAAAGCACAGAUUUACUUUGGCAUGCGCGAGUAUUCUAAGUGCAUUGACGCCUGCAACGAUGCGACUACGGUGGAUAGCGAGCACUAUAACGGCGCGAACGCGCGGGAGAUCGACCAGCAACAGCAGAAUGCUUUACAAGCCAUGUAUUCCGCUAGAGAGAACGAGACGGAGGAACAGACUCGUGACCGAUUGUCAAAGGACCCGGAGAUUAUGAGUAUCAUGCAGGAUCCCGUUAUGCAAUCCAUCCUUCAGCAGGCUCAGUCUGACCCUGCGGCGCUCCAAGAGCAUAUGCGCAACCCAAGCGUGCGCUCCAACAUCCAGAAGCUGAUAGCAGCCGGCGUAAUUCGCCUCGGGCGAUGACUUACCUACAUCGCAAGGACCGCGUCCAGGAUUUUCUAUUGGUACCCUAGCGCGCUGGAUCGGGCAAAGAGCAUGUGUAUACUACUCGUAUUCUAAUAGGUCACUGACGAGGUAGGCGUUGAAAACCCGCGCGGGUGGAUCAUGUAGGUAGUUCACGAAGAUGAACGAAUCCAUCUUAAUUCCCAGCGUUCAAGCGCGUUGUGCUCUUCGCUUCUCUCUAACUCAAGAGAUGAAAACUGUAGCGAGCAUGUCCUCGGUUCUCUAGAAAAUUCUUCACAUGUAUAGAUAUGUGUCAGUCGAAGUUGAAACUACCCUUUAAUCUGUGUGCAUCAUCGAAAAUCCCAACCGGUUAUCAGAA